CCCACCCCCCUGCCGAGCGCACUGGGAGCCCCGCAAGUGCCCGGGGAAGAAGAGCAGCAGCGCGAGCCGGCACUCGGCUCAGGGGCACCCUGCCUCCGGGGUCAGGGCUCCCCACCCCUCUGAGGGUGGGGGAUGUGAGCAUAGCGGCCGGAAUCUGGGGAACAGCCCUGUGCACGGAGUUUGCUGAGAGGCUGAGGCAGACUGCAUGGGCAGCUUGGUGUGAACUCUCUGCGUUCUGUGGGGGACAGAAUGGGCUGAACCGGAACUGACCUGAAUGUCAGCAAAAGGAGUCGCUCAGCAUGCUGUGCCCACGCCACGCUCAGUUACACUGACCAUGAGCCCCAACUCCUCCUUCGGCCACAGGAAGGAGCUGAGCAACCUCACUGCUGAGGAGGCUGGGGCCGGGGGCGUUGUCACGGAGUUCGUCGUCAUCAUCAUCAUCACCGUGUCCGUCUGCCUGGGCAACCUGGUCAUCGUGGUCACCCUGUACAAGAAGUCCUACCUCCUGACCCUCAGCAACAAGUUUGUCUUCAGCCUGACCCUGUCCAACUUCCUGCUGUCCGUGCUGGUGCUGCCCUUCGUGGUGACCAGCUCCAUCCGGAGGGAAUGGAUCUUCGGUGUGGUCUGGUGCAACUUCUCCGCCCUCCUGUACCUGCUCAUCAGCUCAGCCAGCAUGCUGACCCUGGGGGUCAUCGCCAUAGAUCGCUACUAUGCCGUGCUGUACCCCAUGGUGUACCCCAUGAAGAUCACAGGGAACCGGGCGGUGAUGGCGCUGGUCUACAUCUGGCUGCACUCCCUCAUCGGCUGCCUGCCCCCUCUGUUCGGCUGGCCGUCGGUGGAGUUUGACGACUUCAAGUGGAUGUGCGUGGCCGCCUGGCACCGGGAGCCGGGCUACACCGCCUUCUGGCAGAUCUGGUGCGGCCUGUUCCCCUUCUCGGUCAUGCUGGUGUGCUAUGGCUUCAUCUUCCGCGUGGCCCGGGUCAAGGCCCGCAAGGUGCACUGUGGCGCUGUGGUCAUCGCGGAGGAGGACGCGCAGAGGAGCGGGAGGAAGAACUCCAGCACCUCCACCUCGUCGUCGGGCAGCCGGAGGAACGCCUUUCAGGGCGUGGUCUACUCGGCCAACCAGUGCAAGGCCCUCGUCACCAUCCUGGUGGUGCUCGGCGCCUUCAUGGUCACCUGGGGCCCCUACAUGGUCGUCAUCACUUCCGAGGCGCUCUGGGGGAAGAACUACGUCUCGCCGACCCUGGAGACCUGGGCCACAUGGCUGUCCUUCACCAGCGCCGUCUGCCACCCCCUGAUUUAUGGCCUCUGGAACAAGACGGUCCGCAAGGAGCUCCUGGGCAUGUGCUUUGGGGACCGGUACUACCGCGAGCCGUUUGUGCAGCGACAGAGGACGUCCCGGCUCUUCAGCAUCUCCAACAGGAUCACAGACCUGGGCCUGUCCCCGCACCUCACCGCGCUCAUGGCCGGCGCACAGCCCCUGGGGCACAGCAGCAGCACUGGGGACACCGGCUUCAGCUGCUCACAGGACUCAGGAACAGACGUGAUGCUGCUGGAGGACUGGACGUCAGACGAUAACGCGCCCUCCCACUGCGCAUGCCCACCCAAGAGGAGGAGCUCGGUGACGUUUGAGGACGAAGUGGAACAAAUCAAAGAAGCUGCCAGGAACUCUAUUCUCCACGUGAAAGCUGAAGUACACAAGUCCUUGGACAGCUACGCAGCCAGCUUGGCCAAAGCCAUCGAGGCGGAAGCCAAAAUCAACUUAUUUGGGGAGGAGGCUUUGCCAGGGGUCCUGUUCACAGCGAAAACCGUGCCUGGGGCCGGCUUCACGGGCUGCAGAGGCAGCCGCACGCUGGCGAGUCAGAGGCUGCAGCUGCAAAGCAUCGAGGAGGGGAACGUGUUAGCUGCAGAGCAGAGAUGAGGGGCUCGGCGUGGCCAGGCUGGAGCCGGAGAUGCUCCCCUGGGAGGCCUCCGCCCCUGUGCUGGAGCCGAACACCGGAGAGGAGACGUCUGGUGUGCAGCCUCCGGACUGUGACUCAGCAAGGACGUGUGGCUGGCCUGGGAGGCGGGACAUCCAGGAGACCGGCCGCCUGGGCCAGAAGGGAAGCACCGCAGGCUGUUUCCUCUCUGUGUGCCCUGUGCUGGGCACCGCUUAGAGGCCGCCCGGGCGAACCCGUCCCGAGGUACCCAAACACAGCACUGCCGUUCUGAGCCCCGAGGUUUCUGUGUGGCCGAUGCAGGAAGAGAGGUGCGUGGGGUCCUAGGCCAAAUGGCCCAUGGGCCGCCCAAUCUGCUUCCUCCACGUGCUCCCCAGCCCGUGCCAGUGGGCACAGCCCAUUGGCCGCUGGAGAUGGGUCCACCCCACCACCUCCCACCGGACAGAUUCUUUGGUAUUCCCGAGGGAGAAACCACUAUAAAAGACGGGCAGGUACCAGAAUUAGAUGGUUAGGACACAGUCUUCUCGAGACUGGCCAGGGCUGUGGUGCCAAGUGCAGCAGGCCACGACGCUGCUGCUGGCGGGAACUGCUUCACAUGGGAAAGCCUGGGACAAGCGCUGUGGGUGAGGCUGGAGUGGCCAGUGAGUGUGGCCUCAGUCCACAGGGCGUGCCCAGUGCCAGUUACUACGGCGGCAACCUCGGCACAGCGCGAGGCGAGGCAGAGAGCAGUGGACCUGUACUCAGCCCUGUGCCUGCGUGUCAUUUGGGACACCUGUCACCUCUCCAGGGCAUUUGUGAAAGGAGAAAAGAGAGUGAGGUGUUGGGCUGGUCUCCGAGAUCAUUUCCAGCUCUCCUCCGUGUUCUCUGAAUUUGUAAAUGACAGUGGACCAGCAUUUGCCUCUUUUGACAGCUCUCAGCGGCCCGGUGUCCUUGUGCUCCGCGGCUGAUGGAAUGUGGACCACGGAGACGCAGGAGUGAAGGAAGAGGCGCCACCUCCGAGGCGGGGUGGGACAGCAGGUGUGGGCUGCUGUCCUUAGCUAGAAGAGCAGCUGAAGUUUGUGACCGGGGAAGCCACGGGACCUCCUCCCCGUGCCACCCUUCUUCCUGGGCGAUCCGAUCAGCUAGGAGAGCAGGAGGUAGUCAGUCCAAGAGCACUCACUCUGUACGCUUGCAGGCAGCGACGCCAGCAAGGACUACCUUCGGAGCGCUUCUCUGGGGUCUCGCUGGCUCUGGGAGGUGGUGUCUUUGCUGUGUGGCAGGAACCAACGGCUUCCUCAUCACCGGUGUGGAGUUUACAGGACUUUUGUGAGCCUGGGUUCUGCCACGUCUGUAGUGGCCCAGCUCGUGGAUGGAGGCCACGCCGUCAGCUGCGUGCUGGGCUCGGGGUACCUGGGGCUCCUGCUGCUGUCUGCUGGGGGUGUCCUGUUUUUUCUGUAUAUGCACUGUAUAUAGCUUUUUCUAGUGCUUGUCUGAUCUGAGGGAAGGCGACCCUGGUUAAUCAGUGUGGCAGGGGCGGGGCGAGGUCUCUGGUCAGGAGAUGCUGAGUGCCUUGGGAUCCUAGAGUUGGAGGAUGCUUCCGUGACUGCGCCAGGCUGGCUCUGGAGAAACGGCCGGGGCUCUCACGCCCGCUGGCUGCCCCCACAGCUGGCCGGUGAUAGGACUGAACCCAAACCAACAGAUGCUGCUUUUCACAACAGGCUUCACCGUUCCUCUUUAUGCCAUGAGGCCCGUGCAUUUACGCACCUGCCAGGUACUGUGGCUGCUGGAUGCACGGCACCAAGCCAGGCGUUGGGGGGCAGAAGCGCGAGGCCUUUUCAUUCCAGUUGAGGGACAGACCUGGGAGGUGCGGGGCUCGGUAGUGAUCGUGGAAAGGACGGUGGCCCCAUAGGAAGGUAGGUGUUUCCCGCGAAGCAGGUGACGGUUUGCACUAAGCAGAGGUGUUCAGUAGGUCGGACCGCAUUCUGCAUCAUCGGGACUCGGAUUUGCCCCACUGAGCUGUGGAGGGAAGUGGGUGUGGAAGAGAGGAGGAGCUGGCCACACAUCCCGAGGUUUCCAGGGCCGGCGGAGGUGCCUGCAGAGCCCCAGACCGACCCAGGCUCGCCUCGCCGGCUGUAAACCGCUG